AUGCCGGGCCAAGCGUUGCUCCCUCCCUGCCGCAUUACCGCUGAGGGGCAGGGACUAAGGUACGUCUUCAAGGCGGUCCCUCUUAAGGUGCUGGAGGAGUGGAUUUGCAACCUACGACCCCAUGAUCGCCUGCGUCUCGGCUGGGCAUGCCCGAAUGAGGUUCUCUCCAUCGACUUGACUGGCCGGUAG